AUGCGGCCCGUGGUCCUCGAAGGUCUCCGCGCGCUCGGCUGGCGGCCUCCGCUGCGUCUGCUGCUCCUGCUGUCGCUGCUGCUGCCGCGGCCGGUAACCCGCGCUCAGACCACGCCGGGAGCCCCCGGCGCCCCGACAGCGCCUGGAAACUCUAGCGCCCCGACAGCGCUGGACACCCCUAGCGCCCCGACCACGCCAGGCACCCCCACCGCCCGGGCCACGCCAGGCACUCCCAGUGUCUGGAGUCUGCGGGAGCGCGCGCACGCCCUGAUGCGCGACUUCCCGCUCGUGGAUGGCCACAACCACCUGCCCCUGCUCCUGAGACAGCUUUUCCAGAACAGGCUGCAAGAUGUUAACCUGCGUAAUUUCAGUCGCGGCCAGACCAGCCUGGACAAGCUUAGGGAUGGCCUCGUGGGUGCUCAGUUCUGGUCAGCCUAUGCUCCAUGCCAGACCCAGGACCAGGAUGCCGUGCGCCUCACACUGGAACAGAUUGACCUCAUUCAUCGCAUGUGUGCCUCCUACUCUGAACUGGAGCUUGUGACCUCAGCCGAAGGUCUGAACAGCACGCAAAAGCUGGCUUGCCUCAUUGGUGUAGAGGGCGGUCAUUCACUGGACAGCAGUCUCUCUGUGCUGCGCAGUUACUAUCUGCUGGGAGUGCGCUACCUGACACUCACCUUCGCCUGCAGCACACCGUGGGCAGAGAGUUCCACCAAGUUUAAAUACCACAUCUACACCAACGUCAGCGGGUUGACAAGCUUUGGUGAGAAGGUGAUAGGGGAAAUGAACCGCCUGGGCAUGAUGGUGGACUUGUCCUAUGCGUCAGACACCUUGGCACGGCGAGCCCUGAAGGUGUCAAGGGCUCCUGUGAUCUUCUCCCACUCAGCUGCCAGGGCUGUGUGCGACAAUUUGCUGAAUGUUCCCGAUGACAUCCUGCAACUUCUGAAGAAGAAUGGUGGCAUUGUGAUGGUGACGCUGUCCAUGGGGGUGCUGCAGUGCAACCUGUUUGCUAAUGUGUCCACUGUGGCAGAUCACUUUGACUACAUCAGGGCAGUCAUUGGAUCAGAGUUCAUCGGGAUUGGCGGAAAUUAUGAUGGGUCUGGCCGGUUCCCUCAGGGGCUGGAGGACGUGUCCACAUACCCGGUACUGAUAGAAGAGUUGCUGAGGCGUGGCUGGAGUGAGGAAGAGCUCCAGGGUGUCCUUCGUGGAAAUCUGCUGCGGGUCUUCAGACAAGUGGAACAGGUGAGAGAGGAAAACAGUGGGCAGAGCCCUGUGGAGGAUGAGUUUCCAGACCGGCAGGUGGGCAGGUCCUGCCACUCCCACCUCCUAUCUCAGCCUCAGAGUGAACAUCUGACCACACACCUGGAGGCGACCAAGUGGCCAACCAAUCAGGUUCUCCAGACACCCUCAAAAGCCUCCCCACACCUCAUUCUAGGCCUCAUGGCUGCUGCCACCUUCUCAGUCUUCAUUCUGUGAGUCUGGUGACCUGGGCAGUCCUCCAGAGGUCACUGUGGCAAAGUCUCACAAAGUCCCCCUCCUAGUCAUCCAGGC